CCGGCGCCGUCUGUGUCCGGGUCGUUCUCGCCGUUCCCUCCGCAGCCGAUACCGCCUGCGCUCGCUCCCGCCCCCGGCGCGGCACCCGCUUCUGCGAACGGGGCGGCGGCGUCUGCCCGCGGCGAGCGGGGUGCGGCAGCGCCCGUGAGGCUGGGGAGGACCAGCAGGACCGGGGUCUCCUCUCGUUUCCUCACCGCCGGUCUCCCGAGGCGGCGGCGGCCAGGGGAAGCGAGCCCGGGGGGGCCUCGGCUGCGGGCCCCGGCAGCGGGGCGGCCCCGCCCCGAGGCAGGACGAUGCCGGUGAAGAAGAAGAGGAAGUCCUCGGGGGCGGCAGCGGCGGACGACACCGGCCUCAAGAAAUGUAAACUCGGCAGAUCACAAGCAUCUGGUAAAGUAAUAAGUGGAGAGGAACAUUUUUCAAGCAAAAAGUGCCUGGCUUGGUUUUAUGAAUAUGCAGGACCUGAUGAAGUUGUAGGCCCUGAAGGAAUGGAGAAGUUCUGUGAAGACAUCGGUGUUGAACCUGAAAAUAUUAUUAUGUUAGUUUUAGCCUGGAAACUAGAGGCUGAAAGCAUGGGAUUUUUUACCAAGGAAGAAUGGUUAAAAGGAAUGACCUCAUUACAGUGUGACUGUACAGAAAAAUUACAGAGUAAAUUCGACUUCUUACGGUCACAGUUGAAUGACAUUUCAUCCUUUAAGAAUAUCUACAGAUACGCCUUUGAUUUUGCAAGGGAAAAAGACCAGCGAAGUCUUGAUAUUGAUACUGCAAAGUCCAUGUUAGCUCUUCUGCUCGGAAGAACUUGGCCACUGUUUUCAGUAUUUUAUCAAUACCUGGAGCAAUCGAAGUAUAGAGUUAUGAACAAGGAUCAGUGGUACAAUGUACUAGAGUUCAGCAGAACUGUCCAUGCAGAUCUUAGCAACUAUGAUGAAGAUGGUGCAUGGCCCGUACUUCUGGAUGAAUUUGUUGAAUGGCAGAAAGUCCGUCAAGCGUCAUAGCAAGAAUUCAAAAGAAAAUGCAAAAGUUUUUUUUGGUGCCCGCCUGUACACAAAGUAAUGAGAAAAACAAAGGAUUGCAUUUUCAUUCAUAAGAAAGACUUUACAGUAAUUUUUUUUUCCUUUUUUAAGGAGACUUUCUUGUUACAUGUGAUAUGGGCAUUGAACCACACCUCUUCUGAGACUGAAAGUUGGAGUUCUUGUUUUGAGUCUUAUGUUUAUAGCAUUUAUUUCAGAACAAUAAAGAUUCAGAUUUGUGACAAAGGCCUAAAAGUGAA